GAACUGUACUUUAGCUCUCCGAACCACAGCCAUACAGUAGUAAACACCCAGGCUUGUGGAGCUGUUCUAGUUGGUCCUCGCGCGAAGCAACUUUGCAACAACCCGCGUCACUUCUGCGCCAGGUCCCUUUUCAUAUUUGCCGGUGCACUUGCAAGUAAGCCAGCACCACAGCAGCGGGGCGCUAAAGCUGGCAUUUGAGCGUGAGGCUCUCGCCUUCCGGCAUCUCCCAACCACCCGGCCUCUCGCUCUCGUCAUCCAGCUGGAUUUGCCCGCCUCCUCGACUGGUCCACGUCGGUACCGGCUCCCCGCCUCCUUCCGCCCAGCCCGCGCCCCGCAGCUGCAAGCGCCUCCCGGGCUAGGCCGCCAUGCAGCUGUUUCGCGCGGGCCCCGUCGCGGGCCCGUGCGCCGCGCGCCGUGUGACGCCGUCACUGGGAAGCCGUGCAGCCGCGCCCGCCCGCGCCUCGCUGGCAGCGGUUGCGCUUCGGCCAUGCGGCCUAGGCGCUGGCGUGGGCCUGGCGCCUCGCGACCGGCAAGCGCAGGCGCGCACACCGCUCUUGCCGUUGCUCCCGGCGCUGGCGCCGGCGCAGCGGCAGCGGCCUGGCCGGGCCGCGGCGACGGUGUGCGCAGCGUCGUCCGGGCGUGAGGCGGGCUCGGACUGGGCGCCCAACCCUGUAGAGCUGGUGAAGCGCGAGGCGGGGCUCCAGAGUAACCGGCUGGAGCCCGACCUGCGGGAGCGCGUGGAGUCGGCCAUUGAGCGGCUGGGCGGCCGGGUCACAGUUGGCGACGUGGCGGCUCGUGCCGGCGUGAAGCUGGCUCAGGCGGAUGAGGCGCUCAAAGCCCUGGCCUAUGACACGGCGGCAGCGCUGCAGGUGUCCGCUUCCGGCGACCUGGUGUACGCCUUCGCGCCCGACUUCCGCUCCCGCCUGCGCAGCCGCUCGCUGCUGGUGAGCACGCUGCUGCCGCUGGGCCGGCGGCUGGGCGGCGCCCUCAGCUACCUGGCGCGUGUGGCCUUCGGCACGGCGCUGGUGGCCAGCGUGGUGGUGGUCUGGCUGGCGGUGAUGGCGCUGCUGCGCGGGCGCGGCGACGACCGGGAUGACCGGGGCUACCGCGGCGGCGGCUUCGGCGGCGGCUACUACAGCGGGCGUAUGUUCAUGGACGUGACGGACCUGUUCCUGUACUGGGACCCCUACUACUACCAGAACACCGCGCAGCGCGUGGCCAACGGCGAGCAGCUGAGCUUCGUGGAGUCCAUCUUCUCCUUCGUGUUCGGGGACGGCGACCCCAACGCCGACUUCGAGGAGCGGCGCUGGCAGCGGCUGGGGGAGAUGAUCCGAGCCAAGGGCGGCGUGGUGACGGCGGAGGAGAUGGCGCCCUACCUGGACCCGCCCGAGCCCGCAGACCCCCCCGGCAGGCCCCUGUACGACAGCAGCGGUAUGACAGAGACGUACAUCCCCUACCCGGAUGAGAACUUUGUGCUGCCGGCGCUGAUCAAGUUUGGCGGCGAGCCGUCUGUGGACGAGGCGGGCCGCAUCCUGUACCGCUUCCCGGCGCUGCAGCUGACCGGUGUCAAGGGCAAGCGGCCCGCCAACCGCUUCAGCCCUCAGUCGUCCUUUGAGGUGCCCAUGGAGCGGGACUGGCAGUUCACAGCGGCAAGCGGCGGACAGGUGGCGGGCACGGUGUUCUUGGGCCUGCUCAACCUGGUGGGUGUGGCGGUGCUGUCCAGCCUCAUGGCCGACCCGCGGGCCGUCUACGUGCUGGCGGCGCAGGGGCUGGGCUUUGUGCCGGGGCUGCUGGGGCCGCUGCAGCUGUACGCGGCGGCCUUCUUCGCCAUACCCGCACUACGCUGGCUGAUAAACUCGAGCCGCAACCGGCAGAUAGACGCCCGCAACGCCGCGCGCGCCGCCGCCGCCGGGCUGCUGAACGGCCCCGCCGCCGUCGCCGGCUGGGUGGCGGACAAGCUGGCGGCGGCCCGGCAGCUGGGCUCCUCCUCCUCCGCCUCCGCCUCCAAUGCCAAUCUUGUGGACCGGCCUUUUGAACGGCAGCUGGCGCCGCCUCGCCUGGGGCCGCGGCUGGUGGGCGACGAUGACGUGGUGUACGACAGCGGGCGUGAGGCGGAGCCGCAGCUGCUGGAGCGGGAUCUGGACGACUGGGACAGUCGGCUGUCGGGGCGGGAGGCUGGCGGCGGCGGAGCCGGGGCGCGGCGGGCAGGCGGCGGAGGGGGCACGCGAGGGAGCGGGAGUGGGAACGGCGGCGUGGCGCGUGGCGGCCGGUUCCGACGGUAGGGACGGUAGGGUGAGGUAGGUGUGUGUGUGUGUGUGUGUGUGUGUGUGUGUGUGUGUGUGUGUGUGUGUGUGUGUGUGUGUGUGUGUGUCUGUGUGUGUCUGUGUUUGUCUGUGUGUGUUGUGCAAUGGGGGAGCCGUGGAGGCGGUGGCGGUGUGCGUCUGGGCAAAGGUGACACGAGAGAGAGCCUCGGGAUUGCGAGGAGUUGAGCUGAUAGAGAUGAUGUGCGAUGGGACAGUCUUAAGGCAGGUUGCUGAAGUCCCGUAGGGUGCAGCUGAUUCCCAGACCCCAGCAGAUUGCAAACAAUUUGCAGAGGCAGGGCAGGAGUGCGCAGCUGGUCGAACGCAGGAGUUACUAUACCGACAAGCUGCUGGCCGGCUGCAAGUUUGCUGAUCCGCAUUCCUCACGCUCCGGGCGCCCGGUCAGGCGUUAGCACCGCACGGAUAGAGUUGGUGUGGGAGCCUGUGUGGGGUACGGGGACGGGGAACGUGCGCAGCGCGGCUGCGUGACGAGCACAGGCGUGACACUGGUGGGGACGCCGCGUUGGCGAGAGGUUUCAUACCGUGGGGGCAUGCCGCACCCGUGGAGGUCACUGUAAGUGCAAGAUGGUAAGAUGUAAUGGACGGCCGCU